AUGCCGUCACGUCAUGGAGGCCCGAGACCCACUUUCAAAUCCCAGCUGACCACUUACCAGCUCUGUGAGGGCGGACCGGACCUGGUGUGGACCCUUUUCCAGGGUCGACGGGCCCAGUCUCAGCUGCUGUGCUGGGGUGGCCUUAUUGCCAGAGCAGAUCGCUCGGCGGCCGCACACCGGUACUCGCGUGAGGCGAACGCCGCGGGCCCGGGCCUUGGCGAGCGGCCUUACACGCCCGGCAAGAUGGUCCUCAUCCCCGCCGGCGUGUUUACCAUGGGCACGGAUGACCCUCAGAUAAAGCCGGAUGGGGAGGCGCCCGCCAGAAGAGUCACCAUGGAUGCCUUUUACAUGGACGCCUAUGAAGUCAGUAACGCGGAAUUCGAGAAGUUCGUGAACUCGACCGGCUACUUGACCGAGGUUGCAGCUGCUCCCUGGUGGUUGCCGGUUAAAGGCGCUGACUGGAGACACCCAGAAGGGCCCGACUCCACUGUGGUGCACAGGCCAGACCACCCGGUGCUCCACGUGUCCUGGAACGAUGCCGCGGCCUACUGCGCCUGGGCGGGGAAGCGGCUGCCCACGGAGGCUGAGUGGGAGUACGGCUGUCGGGGCGGCCUGCACAACAGACUUUUCCCCUGGGGCAACAAACUACAGCCGAAAGGCCAGCAUUACGCCAACAUUUGGCAGGGCGAGUUUCCCGUCACCGACUCCGGCGAGGACGGCUUCCGAGGCACCGCGCCCGUCGACGCCUUCCCCCCCAAUGCUUACGGCUUGUACAAUGUAGUGGGCAACGUGUGGGAGUGGACCUCGGACUGGUGGACCGUUCACCACACUGUUGAAGAGACGUUCAACCCGAAAGGGCCCCCUUCUGGGAAAGACCGAGUGAAGAAAGGUGGCUCCUAUAUGUGCCAUGAGCAUACUAGUGACAGCUCCGCAGGAUUCGUGGAGGAUGAAGUGCGUGAAUCACCCUCCCGUGAAGUUCUUAGGACAGUCCACAUAGUAAGUACUCAGGAAAUAAUAGCCGAUGUUCUUGAACGUCGUUAGAGUAAUCCCAGCGGGGUCUUUAGCUCAGCCCACAGCCUCCCACCAUUUUACACGAGACCAUUAGCAAAGGAGUUGAUCUGACGUCAGCGGCAAAGCACCAGGCGCAAAGCCCAGAGGCCUGGGUUCUGCUGCGUGGUUUUCUAUGGCGAUUUUGUUUGAGAUGAGCUACAGAUACCGUAAAACUUCCCUGUGUCUCUAAAAGUCAUCAUCUCACAGAAAACCACGUCGCUGUCCCCCUUGCCUUCAAAGUCCCGAGGCUGGUAAGUCAUUAUAACAAAUGGAUUGUUCUGGAGUCCAGGGUCCCAUUCUUAGCACAGGUUUUGAGAUCAAUGUCAUACAGUAAUUAGCCAUUUUGAGGAAAUAGGACUAAAACCUCUGUUCUUAAUUAAUAAAAUGACCCAUAUUUCAGCCACUCAAAGUCCUAAUGUCAUUAAUAACCAGUUUUUGGUGCUAAAAGUAGAGUUGGAAAAAAAAGAGCAAUGAGGACGUUGGAAAUCAGGCCAUUUUCCUCUUUAAUUACGAGUUUCAUUAGUUGCCCGUUAUCAGAAUUUGAAAUGAACUACUCACGAGUAAACGUUUGCUGAGUGGAUGAGUGCGCGUGAAAUGGAACGGCGAUGCGCACUGACCGGCUUCUCACACGGUGGCCGUGACCUCUCGACACUGACUUGUGGUGAGGCUUGCUUAGGGUGUGGCUCUUCACAGUCGAUUGGGUUAAUGGAAGGUUUUAGAGAUGCUAUGAUCUCAUAAAGGACCAGCUCUUUUGUUACACAAAACAUUUCGUUGCACUAAAAAUGAGAAAAUAAAUAAUGAACAUAGAAGCAUUCCCAAAGAAACUUAAAAAAAAAAAAAACUUCCUAAAGAAAACUAUUGAUAGUUUUCAACCAGACUUGUUGUGCACUUUGAUUUUUUUUCUCCCCCAAGUAGAAUUAUUCUGUAUGUAGCAGGGGCUUCAAGCAUAGCUGUGCUAAAAGUCUCAUCCUAGACCUCGUGGAUCUGUUUUCUACCCUCUUCACGUCACAGCCUCAGAUCCUGAACACCGGGCUCUGGGCAGACACAGACUCAGGGCUGUUAGAGCUUGCGUUUCAUGGCAUAUGAACCACAUCUUAUUUUAAAAUACCAUGUUGUGCAGUUUGGGAGGUACGUUGCAUCCAGCAGAGACCUCAGGCCGGAUCCUUAUCCCCAGCGGCGCCGCUCAGCUGCCCAUUGAGAAGCACGUGCGGAUGCACCUUCGCCUGCUGGCAGGGGCGUCAUCGUCUUUCUAAAACGAGAUCGCGGAGACCUGCGAGGAGCUGGCUGAAGCUCCGUGUCACUGGGAAGCAGGGCCACCCAGGGAGGUCGGAUAAGACGGGCACAGCCCCCUUCCGUGGGGAGGAGUGUUGCGUUCCUUACAGAGCGACACUUACAGUGUCGCCGCGUGUCCGGCGUGAUGGAGCAUUUCGACGCUAGUCCAUCAGUAGCUCCCGUUUUAUCAUUAGGGAGCAGGCUCAGAAAGGCUUUGCCUAAAGGUAAACAGCUAAUGAGUCCUGGAUUUCAUCCUUCGUGGUGAACAAAUUAGCAAAAUGUUUGUCACGGUUUCCAUUUAUUUCAAGCCCCACCUCCUGUCUGCUGAAA